AAUGCGAUUAUGUGUUCUGAACUUGACUAUGAUCCCCAUCUACUGUUCCUGUAGAGAAUUACAUAUUAAAACACAUUGUAGAGGGUAUGAAAGCACAAGUUGGAGGAAAGUUCUUUAAUAAAACAAACAACCCAAUGGAAAAAAAGGCGACCAGACAAAAAAGCUGACUUUACCAAAGGACAAAGGAAGUAUAUUACUAUAUGAAGUCACAUGGGAAAAUCUAAAAUUUGCAUGCAUUUUCUUCCCUUUUCUAUUUUCCCAUUUCUUUAGUUUCACUUCCUUUCUAAGAUAUCUGAAAGAACAUGCCCUCCCAUAUAUGUUUUUGUCCUUUGUAAAGGCAUGUGUAAUUUUUGUAUUGUUAAUUAAAAUAUCAGUGAUAGAAAUCAUGAGUUUUGCCUAACUACUUUAUUAGAAACAACUAGUAAACAGCCUUUUCAAGGGCAACUAGUAAAACAGCAGCAUUACAUUAAUUUGAAUAACUGCAGGGGGAUAUGUUUAGCAGUGAAGAGUUUGCCUCAUGUUUCUGAUUGAAGAGUCUCUUUCAACAGAAUCUCUGGAGAUGCAAAACCCCACAAGGAGAUUUUACAAAGCUAGAAACUUCCCAGGUCACAUUAAAACUCAUCCAUGCUAGGAAAACUUGUUGCUGGAAGACCUUAUUGGCAAUAGCUGAAAUACCUAGUGCUGGGCAAGCUUAAAAUGUUAGAGCCAUUAAUGGCACCUUGUGGAAUAUAGUGAAAAUAUUGGACAAUUAAAAUGAAAUUACAUCCAGAUGUGAUUGUAUCUUCAGAUAAAAUUUUCCUAGAAGCAUAUGUUGUACUAAAGAUAGGCAAAAAUUGUUCUGACCCAAUGUUUAAUUUCAACGUUGACUAUUAGUUAAUGUAUUUAGAGGGGUUUGCAUCUUUAAUCCUCACUCCUGUAAUUUCUCCUUACGUGAGAUCCAACGAGCCCCUUUAUCCCUGUAUUUACACGGGUUACAGGAAUUACUUGCAGCUGAACUGAACUAGUGUUUCAUGUCUUUUGUUCAUUAGUUGUCCUGGCAGGUAUUGCAGCCGACAGAGAAGUGGAAAAGCUACAUAGAAGCUCUUCAGAAAGGCAAAUGUUUGUCAUAACAGGUACAUUGGUUAGCAGAUUAUAUUCGAGUUAGAACCACUCAAAAACUCCUUGGGAUAUAUAUGGAACAGUCAAGAGCUGGUUAAGUCUCUAACUGCUAUCAGUUCAAAUUAUUUCUGUGUAGAAAAUGAGAUUUGAAUGUUGAAUUGUAUCUCUCUCCUGAAGAUGGAGCUCUUUCAGGACUGGGACAGCCAAAGGAAGCCAACUAAUUAAUUCCCUGAUGAAGUGUAGCUGCGUAUAGAUAGGGUUCAAUCAGCAAAACACAACUGCUCCUGCUGCAUCGUUUAAAAUAUUUUAGGAACAAGCUGUGAAGAGGAGCUUUCAGUUUUAUAAAUAAUUUAAGUGUCACUAAUCGUGAAUGUUGGGAAAUGUGGAUGUCAUCUUGAAUUUUCUUCCAGAUUUUUCUGUAUUUUCUUGUUUGUGUGUGAAUUUCCUUGAUGAAGUGACAGUGACCUGACGAUUUAGCAUCAUAUGUAUAAAGAACGCUAUAUAGAAAGAUAUUAUAUUAAUAUAACAAUACAGUGAUGCUCCACUAAAUUUUAGUAUUUUGCUUUUUGCAUAAAAUCAAAGCCAAAGUAACUUAUUUGAAUGAAAAACACAAAGCACUGACACUGACAGGUACUUCAUACUUCAGUCCUGCCAGAUGAACCAUCUCAAGUUUAUCUCAUCUGCAUUUGGGUUCAGUCAUAGGGGACCACAAUCCACACAGAAAACCUAACAGCCCCGAAUCUGUUAGCAAAGAACAUGUUUUUGAAAAGUUAUGCGAUUUUUAAAAAUAUUUUAUUUUUAGUUAAUUUUAUUUUAACUGAUUGGCUUUGUUGAUAAUAUUAAUUCAACUCAACUUCUUCCCCAAGAGGGUGGUAUAUACUUACCUUCUGAAAGCUCUUUCAUGCCAAUCGAUGCCACUGAGCAUUUAGUUCCCCCUGAGGGCUAAAAUCUAUUUUUUAUACCAUAGAAUAGCUGUAGUGCGUAGUCGGUAUUUACCAUAGAUGUGAACUGUACCAAGGUCUGCACGGAAUAUCGUUUUGUGUAUUUAUUUAUUUAAUUAAUUAGAAAUUUGGGGAUAAACACAGAUAUGCACAGGCUAUUUUAAAGAUAAAGCAACUCCUGCUGAAAAAUGCGUCCUUCCAAAUGGUCUUUGAACAGCAGCUUUUUGAUCAUAUCCAGCUGGUUAGUGCCAGCUAGUCGCAUGAACUCAGCGAGGAAUGGACCCAAACCCACCCUUGAGAAUCCUCCUGGGAACGCCCCGAAGGACGGAGCAUAGCUUCAGGAACAUCUGAGCGAGAGGACCGCGUUUCAGCUCGGCGCUGAGGAGCAGCCCAGGAUCGCCAUUCACCUCUCAGCGCGGGGCCGGACCGGGUGCCCGGCGCGAGCGGCCGCCGCGGGGUUCCCGCCGCUCCCCGGCCAGGGCCGCGCCGCGCUCGGAUCCCCUCGGCUCUAUUCGGCUCAAGCCGGAGCCGUUCGGCUCCUCCCGGUCACACUCGGCUCCGUUCGGCUCCCGGCGGUGCCCGCGCGGCCCCGCCCCCGCGCUGACGCGCUCAGCGGGCGCCUGGCGGGAGCGCGGUGCCAGCGCCGCUCCCGCGUCCCCAGCCAUGUUCCCGUCGGCUCCCGCCUCCCCGCGGACCCCGGGCGGGUCGGCCCGCAGGACCCUGGGCAGCGCCGCGCCCAGCCCUCUCUCCCGGCCGGGCGGCAAGAAGGGCCUGCCCGUCGUGGCGGCAGCCGCCUCCCCGGUGCUGUUCUCGCCGGCGGCGCGGAGGAGCGGCUCCCUCUCGGCGCGAGCGACUCCUACCAGAGUUAUCCAGCUUCCUACAGCAACUGAGACUAUUAACUAUGAUGUUAAGUCUUUUGGAUCUUCUCUGCCUGUUAAGGUUAUGGAAGCCCUGAAGAAGGCUGAUGCUGAUGACCAGCUGAGCGUUCAAGUGGAUGAAAGUGGAUGGGCCUGGCUGGUUCAUAAGGAGAGGCUGAUUAUUUGGAAGAUUGGUCAGUCUGCAGUAGCUAAGUUAUCUCUGUGCAAGGAAUUGCAGCUGCCACCCAGUGACUUCCAAUGGAGUUCUAGUUUAGCAGCUAUAUCUUGUCUCAAUGCUUCAGGUGAAGCACCUUCUCUUCAGUCUCUGGCAAUAAUGGUUGCUACCAGUGAAGGUUCUGUGCGCUACUGGCCCAAUCUUGCGCACGAAGGAUCCUAUACAGACACUUUCACAGACUUUGGAGGCUCUCUGUGCAGUUUCCUCACAGCAGUAAAGGGGGGAAGCUUUAUUUUGUCAUCUUCCAGAGGUCAACUAGUCCGGUUGAUACCUGAUAGUUCUGGCAAGAUUCAUCAACAUGCUCUGCCACAGGGACAGGGCAUGUUUUCUGGAAUUGGUAGAAAGGUUUCUUCUUUUCUGGGUAUAUUGUCUCCUGGAAGUGAUGCUGUGAUUUCUAGUGUCCUUUGGGAUAGAGAGAGAUCAAGCUUUUACAUGCUAACAAGUUCAAAUCUAAACAAAUGGGAGAUUGAUGAUUCAUCAGAACGUUACAUUCUCAGCUGGGAUAUCAACAGGAUCCUGAAAGAACAUAUUACAGAUGCAAUUUGGGGAUCUGAAAGUAACUAUGAAGAUAUUAAAGGAGGAGUAAAUAUACAAUACAUGGAUUUGCAACAAAAUCGUGAUGGACUGGUCAUACUUGCUGCAGCAUGGCAUCCUGGAGAUCGUCCAUGUCUUGUCUACUACACUCUGAUAACAGUAGAAGAUAAAGGCUAUCAGAUGUCUGAUGACGUUGUUGUGGAGGUCACACAGUAUAAUCCAACUUUUCAGUCAGAAGAUGAGGUGUUGUGCUGCCUGGUAGUCCCAGAUUACUUCAGCCAUGCUGCUUACCUUUACAAGGAAGAUGAAGUGUUUGCUUGUUCCUCUGGAACUGGCAGAAUUUCCUUGCCACAGGAAAAAAUCAUAUUUGGCAUACAAGGAGAUAGUAUUUUAGGAGCAGGUUCCUGUAAUAGCCUUCCCGUCUUCUUUGCCAAAAAAAGUGGACUUGUCACUAUCUUGUCCAGGGAAAAUAUUUCUGUGCUUCCUGAAGACCUUGAAGAUGCCCUGUCCUCUUCUAUUGCUGGACCAAGAAGUGAGAGUCCUGCAUUUGAUGCAUCUGGUAGGCUAGAAGUUAUAGCUCAAGAAGAUAAAACCAAAUUAUUGAAAGCUGCUUUUCUACAGUACUGCAGGAAAGAUAUAGUGAAUGCACAAAGCAUGGUAAUUGAGCUCUUUCCAAGUAAUGCAGAUCUGGAGUCUGAUGCUGAGCUGGAUAGAGCAGUGACUCAAAUCAGUGUGGACUUAAUGGAUGAUUACCCUGCCUCUGAUCCAAGAUGGGCUGAAUCUGUACCUGAAGAAGCAGCUGGUUUUAGCAACACAUCUCUCAUUCUUCUUCAUCAGCUAGAGGAUAAGACAAAAGCACAUUCGUUCUUCAUUGAGUUUCUUCAUCAGGUUGGUGUGUUUGAGCGUCUGGGCAGUUUUCCAGUGCGAGGGAUGCCGAUGGCCACUCGACUGUUGCUCUGUGAGCACGCAGAGAAACUGGCAGCAGCUAUUGUUCUCAAGAAUCACCACUCCAGGCUGCCUGAGCUGGUGAAUGCUGCUAUACUGAUUGCAUUGAACAAAAGGGAAUGUGAUGUUCCACCAAGCCUUACCCCUGCUGAUGUGUUCUUCAGGGAGGUAUCCCAGAUAGAUUCCAUCUUUGAAUGCUUAUUAGAAGAGGAGGAACAAAUCCUGAAAGACAUGCCCAUUGAAUCAGUUGAGUGGGCCCAGAUAGUCGUCAAUGUGAACAACAUCAUUAAGGAUAUGCUACAAGCUGCCUGUCAGUACCGUCAGUCUAGAGCCUCUCUAUAUAAAACAGGAGAACUUCCAGAAAGAGAACCUGAAUAUAUUCCAUGGACAGCCUCCAGUGGCGUCCGCGCGGCAAUAACGCGUCAGCACGGUACCAUCCUGAAGGUGGUGUAUCCCCAGGUGGACAGCAACCUCCGCAGUGUGGUGGCCGAGCAGCUGGUGGCUCUGCUGGAUUGCUUCCUGGAUGGCUACGUUGCUCAGCUGAAGUCUGUGGAUCGUCUGGCUGAUCAGGAGCGGUACAGCAGCGUGGAAAUGGAAUACGUCCAGAAAAGAUCCGAGCUCUUGUCCCCUCUCCUUUCCCUGGGACAGUACCAGUUGGCAGCUGCUUUAGCAGAGAAGUACUGCGACUUCGAUAUCCUGGUGCAAAUGUGUGAGCAGACAGACAACCAGGCCAGAUUACAACGCUAUAUGACUCAGUUUGCAGAUCAGAACUUUUCAGAUUUCCUGUUCCGCUGGUAUCUGGAAAAAGGAAAGCGAGGAAAGCUGUUAUCUCAGCCUAUUGCUCAGCAUGGACAGCUGGCCAGUUUCCUGCAAGCACAUGAACAUCUGAGCUGGUUACAUGACAUCAACAGCCAGGAUUUGCAAAAGGCUCAUAGAACGUUGCAGACUUUAGCAAAUAUGGAGACACGAUAUUUUGCAAAGAAAAAAACACUUCUUGGCUUGAGCAAAUUAGCUGCGCUGGCAUCGGACUUCUCAGAAGACAUACUACAAGAGAAAAUAGAAGAAAUAUCAGAGCAGGAGCGCUUUUUGUUACAUCAGGAGACACUUCCCGAACAACUCCUGGCAGAGAAACAGUUGAACCUCAACGAUAUGCCAGUGCUGUCUGCAUCUCAGCUCAUUGAUUUGUUCAUAUGUGAUGAGAACAGAAGAGCCAAUGAAUAUGACUUCAAGAAAGCACUUGAUCUGCUGGAAUAUAUUGAUGAGGAAGAAGAAGUGAAUGUAAAUGAUCUUAAACUUAAAAUUCUCUGUAAGGCUCUCCAAAGAGAUGGCUCUCAGAAGUCUUCCGACUUUCCUAACUCCCACCUAUGUUCCAAGAGGAAGCUAAGGAAGAAAAGAUGAGGAGAGCAUACAUUCCAAAUGCACUGUGCCAUUUGUGAUUAAAAUGGAAAGAAGCAGCAUUUGGAUUCACACUUACGCAUAGGAUAGAUUCCAAAUGGCAGUGGUGUCUAGGAAAAAAUUCCUAAUUGCAUGUCUAAGUUAUGUCCAUAUAUAACACAAAUCACAAGCAGAGAGAGGUUCACGCUAUUCCAAGUGUUUUUCAUUCCUAUAAUUGUGAAGACAGAAGAAUUCAGAGCUCCUGCAUGGCAACAAUCCAGUUAUGGGUUUAUGAUCUAUCUACCCUGGACAAGCACAGCGUUUUGAAUGUGGUAUUUUAACAGUUCAAACACGUAUAAUGCUGACAAGAUUUUGGCCAUCCUGGCAGCUAACCAGAGGCAAUUUGAGAUGCAGACUUUACACUGAAUAGUGGGUAGAAAACUUGAUGUCCCAGCUGAGCUUACCGAGAGGUGAUGUUAACUUUCAUGUGUGUGCAAAAGUAAACAUUCGAGAUGUGACAGUACCUACUUUUAAGGAUGGCCUUAAAAGUUUCUAACUUGAGGGCUACAGAUGGUGAUAAGGUUCUUGGGUAGGAUGGAGAGCCUUGCUGAGUCAGCUCCUGAUGCACUGUUUGUGUCCUCACUGUCCUGCUCUGCCCAAGGGGAGAAAAUCCCCCUUCCCUCCCUCCUUUCCUCACAUUCUUCCCAGUGGAAUUAAAGAUGUAAUCCUAGACAUUUAGGAGCUGAAGAGACAUCCAGGGUAAAACCAGUGAAGUACAGAGGAUUUGUCAAUAAUAGCUUCUGGAUCCAGGUUCAGAUCUGUUACAAGCACGUCCCACAGGCCUGAGGUAGUUUGGGGAGUGAUAUGAGAACCAGUUUUGUCUGACAGCUUAGCACAUGGAACAGGAAAUUUUGGCAACUGAAAGGUUAGAAUCAGAGCAAAACAAGUUAGGUUGGUGUUGAAUUUAAACUGGAGCAUAUAAAGCUCUGCAAGGAUGAAAAAUUGUCAUUUAAAACAAUCUUCCUCUUAGAAAAAUCUGUUUGGGAUUUUUUUAAAUCGCAGAUGUGACUGGUAUUCAUGAGUCUUUACGUUUAAUCACAGAGUAUAUACACUAUUUGUUUUGUGAUUGUGUGUGUUGUUUACAGGCCUGCAACUUAGAUCUUGCAAUUUUUUCCCAUUUCUUUUCUCAGUGUUUGAUAUUUGUUUUGUGUUGAUUUUUUUCACUUUAGAGAAUUGCUUCUCUUGUUUCAUUCUACUAAAAAAAAUCUACACUUUCAUCACCUCAAUUGUAAAAUAUAAUUACUGAGAAUAGGUAGUUCUUAUCUCAAUGGAUAAUACUUUUAUAUUAUCAAAGAAAUAAUGUUGUUUGGUUGGGAUUUUUAAUGAUUUAAAGAUGGGAAACAUUUCUCUUCUCCUCCUCCUAACUAGACUACAUUAUAGUAGAGCAGUUUUGUUCCAGUUUUACUGGGCUAAUGACUAAUUAAGAGGGAUUUUUUUGUAGGAAAAAAACUCUUGCUUUGAGCUAUAACCAAGCUCAUAAUGCUUCCAUAUGGACAUGUAUUAAUCACCUUUGAUAAUUUAUGUAAUUUUCCGGUGCUUUGGUUUUUUUCUUGUUAGUGUUCCCAUUAUUUUGUCUGUGUAAUUCUUUCCCA